AUGGUCCAAGUCACCAAGCUCGCUGCUCUUGCUGCAGUAUGCACCACUCCAGCCACUGCUCAUCCAGGCGAAAAGCACGACCCAGCCAAGAUCAAGCGCGAGAUCAUCGCUCGUGAACACUGGGCACACCAAGGAAAGCGCUCGCUCGAUGCUUGCUCCAAUACUGAGACUGCUCGUCGCUUUGCUGCCAGGAACAGCGAGCGUCGUGCUCGUGAGGCUCGUGAGCGCCCAAUUUUCGCCCCUUCCAUCACUGACGGACCCUACUACGUCUGGGGCGAGAUGAUUCGCUCAAACGUCGUGGAAGACGACUUCUCCGACGGCAUCCCCCUCCACCUCGAAGUCCAGUACUACGACAUUGAGACCUGCCAGCCAAUUCCAGACAUCUAUGUCGAUAUCUGGAACGCCAACGCCACUGGUGUCUACUUCGGUAUUUCAACCUCUGGCAACUACGCUACGGGAGGCCACAACUCCACUUACCCUCGUGGUAUCCAGGGAACCAACGAGGAUGGCGCUGCGACUUUCGAUACCAUCUUCCCGGGUCACUAUGAUGGUCGCGCGAUUCAUACGCAUCUUCUCGCACACAUGAAUGUCACUGUUAUGCCGAACAACACUCUGCUUAUCGGCUCCGGAUCAGUCACACAAGUAGGGCAAUCAUUCUGGAACGAAGUAUUGCGUACCAACGUCGAGGCCACCGCCCCAUACAACACCAACACCCAAGCCAUCGUCUCCAAUGCCGAUGAUCUGUGGUCUGUCCUCCAGGCUUCCUCGGACUACGACACAUUCCCAGAGUUCCUGUACCUUGGUGACUCGAUUGAGGAUGGCUUGUUCGCAUGGAAGCAGAUCGGCUUGUACACCAGUGCUGACUGGACUGAUGACGAUUACUACAGCAUUGCGGCGUACAUUGGUGAGGAUGGUGGCUAUGCCAAUGCCGAUAGUGGGUUCAUGGGUGGAGGUGAUGGUGCUGGUGGUAACAUGACGGGGAGUGCUAUGCCUUCGGGUACUGCGGCGCCGGCUGCUUGA